CUUCUUUUUUUCUGGCCUCGUGGUCGCUACGCCAUUACUCUGAUCAACUGUAAACAUGUCGUCAGAUUUAUUGUGGGAAGUUCUUCGCAAGCAUACCGCUUUUACCGUCAAGAACCAAGGCACUACAUUCACUAAGGAAUCAAACAACCUGACGAACAGGCACACUUACAGAUGUAGCGGCCUCGUGAAUAAAAAAACCGUUGGCAUUGCACCCAACAAGGAUGGUAAAGGUGUUGUCCUAUCAUUAAGAAAAUCAAAAGGUUUUAACAAGCCAGCUAGGCUGCAAUCAUCCACAACGAUUGAUAGCAAUGGACGCCGCUCAAUAUCAAGCGUUAGAAAGAUUUUAAGAAGCGGAUCUUACAGAGUGGACUUAGAGCAGGACGCCAUCCGUCGUACUAGCGCCAUUCUCCGUAGUCAAUCUGGAAAGAACUUGGGUAAAAAGAGAAAAUCCCGCAGAAAGCAAAUCAAGAGCGCUUAAAUAUUGUCAUUAAAAUGUGAAUUAUGUAAAACACAUUUUAUACCUGUAUAUGUUGAAUUGGAAAAUAAAGAACGGUAUCGCGUUUCAACUC